CAUUGUUUGCUGUAGUUUGAUUGUGUUGAAGAGUUUUAAGUAAUGUCAUCCACUUAUAGAACUGCUUAAAUAUAAAUAUACUAACAGUAGUGGUUAACAUUAACAGUGGAUUAAAAUUAGUACAUUUGUGCCCAAGAUUAUGCUGGUUAAAAAUACCACCGUUUUAGAGUUGGAUUCGUUCUUCCUGUUUUAAGUAAUGAGGAUAUCAUUAACCAAAAUAUUAAUCGUAGCAAUCAUAGUUGUAAUAUCCGUUGUAAUUGGCAACAUUAGUACUAUAAUCAAAUUAAAUCCCGACCCCAGCCAACAGUUAACCUCAAAGAAAUCUGAAAUUAAUGUCAGGUCUACUGGGAACUCAAACUGGACAACUGAAAACCCCUUACAGCUUCUGGAUGACAUCACUUGGUUUUUACAAGUGUCAGAUAUCCACGUCAGUAUUUUUCGAGAAAUUGACAGGAUAAAUGAACUAGAAGAAUUUUGUAAACUGACCAUAUCUACCAUCAGACCGACUGUGGUGCUUGCGACAGGUGAUCUAACCGAUGCUAAGAGCGUAGAUACUUUGGGAUCCAGACAGUACGAAGAUGAGUGGAAGCUGUACAAGAAUGCUCUCGAUAGAUGUGAGGUUACCAAAAAGACAGUUUGGCUUGACGUACGAGGGAACCAUGACAACUUUAAUGUUCCUGGGCCGUCCUCGAAGGAGAACUAUUUCCGCAACUACUCUAUCCAAGGCAGACAGAAUCCUCGGUCCUAUUUGUACACUGUCCGCAACCCUAAUGGGAGGGUGAUAUCUUUCAUCGCUCUGGAUGCAUGUCUGGAGCCUGGACCUAAGAGGCCGUUUAAUUUCUUUGGCCUGUUGAACCAGAGAGAAAGGGAGCAUGUCAGUGGCCUCAUGGCCGAGGCGGCCAGUCUCAACAGUAGCCACAGUGUUUGGUUCGGCCACUAUCCUACCUCUUGCAUACUGUCUGCAGACAAAUCUGCUAGAGAACUGAUAGCCAGUGAGACAGGCAGCAUGGCGUAUCUAUGUGGUCAUCUUCACACCCUGGGCGGUCUGAUGCCAGCAAUGUACACGAGGCAACAAGCUGGCUUCCUAGAGCUGGAGCUGGGGGACUGGAAGAAUAGUCGGGUGUAUCGUUUAGCAGCCAUUGAUCAUGGUACAUUCAGCUUCGUGGAUGUGCACCAUCACGACUGGCCUUUGGUGCUGGUUACCAAUCCUAAACACGCUCUGUUUCACAUACCAGGACGAGAGAGUCAACAACUAGUGAAUCAAAUCAGAAUUUUAGCAUUUUCAACAGCAGAAAUCACAGAAGUACGUGUGAAGAUUGACGAUUCCGCUUGGUGGAAAUGCUCACACGUGAAAGGUCCACUUUAUGUGACUCCGUGGGACCCAGAGCUCUACUAUCAUGGUCUUCAUCACAUAUAUGUUGAAGUUCAAGAUGGAUUGGGAAGAUUAAAAAAUGUAAAACAGCCAUUUUCGCUGGAUGGAACAGAAGUAGAUUUUGACAUUUGGCCACGGAUUUUACUUAUGUCAAAUAUCACCACUGUGCUACAAACAUUGUUUGGUCUCUCUAUCCUGGGUUGUGUGGUUCCUCUCAGUCUUCUCAGGCUGUUGAUGUCAAGAGUUAGAGGGGGUCACAGGCUUGUGCCUACAACCAGUGUCUCCCUGAUCAGGAGAUGGUACAAGAGGUGGUGGAUUCUUGCCAACCUAGACUCCUUCUACUACCCUCUGGUUCUAUAUCCUGUUUACACUACUUUUGGUCCGUGGGCAGUUGGGGAAGUGAUAGAGAACCACAUUGGAGUUAUAUUCGCCUGGGGCACUUUUGUAAACGGAGCUUACCUUCCUGGUUCAUUUACUUACGGCUACGGAUUCUUCCAGAUGGUCACUUUCCAGUUUCCACUCACCAUGGUGUUGGCCUACAAACUUGAUAAGAGAUUGAACCCUCCAAGUCCAACGUAUGGCAAGAUCCGUUCACUACUGUGCCAUUGGUGGACCAAUCUUCCGUUCUACAUUAUCUUGUUCCUCCAACUUCUCUUCCUCUAUUUCUUCUGGCUCUCGUAUGGUUCCUUGGCAGUUCUUCUCGGACCAUUCCGUUCUUGGCCGAUCCUCAACACUUGGCUGUUCUGGAACAGGUUACAUUCAAUUCCUCUACAAAGGAUAAAGGAAACCGCAAAUAUUUUUGAAGAAGUAAACAAAAUGUCUUCUAGUUCCAAGAAUUCCCACUGCAUUUAGAAAUACAUUUAUAUUUUGAUUUAAUUUUUGUAUAGAUAAAUCUUAUAUUUUUCACAAUGCUGUAUAUUGGUUAUAAGAUCCACACAUAAUAAAAAUUCUUUUGUAAUGUACUGUUAUACAUUUUAUGAUUUGUGAUUUAUAGAUGGCUGUAACUUUAAGAUAGUUAUAAGGUUACUUAUGUUUGAUUUUAAAAUCAAGUUUUAGUUUAUAGGCGGAGUAAAAUUUGGUAAUAGUUUUAAUGUGUAUAGACCAUAUUUUUAACUUAUGCAUACUUGUGGAAACGAUUUUAUAUAUGUUUUACAUUAUACUAUUUAUAUUGUACAUUUUAAAUCUUAAUUUAUUCUUACAUUGGUCAUGGCCAUUUCUUACAUUAAAUGUUUUGUGAUAUUUUUAAAGUUUAUAUUAUGUUGAAUGUUUAAAAUAUUUUUAAUGAGCCGUAUUAAUAAAAAGAAGGAUAUGCUCAAAAGGAAAAGGUAUGAAGCAAAAGCAUUUGCUUCUAGUAAAAGGUAAAAGUAAAAGCAUAUCCUUCAAACCGUAUUAAUAAUGAUUACCUUUUACUUCCGAGCAAAUCCUUCUGCUCGGAAGUAAAUGGUUCUAUAGGAACAUCACAUGUUACACGUAUGAUCCUGUCUAUUUUUGUCUACUGAUACCCCUCGAAGGCAUAACUGUGCCAACUCCGUGUAAUGGUUUUGCAUCCGGCUUUGAAUUUAAUCAUAACAAACUAAAUUAUAAAAUCUAGAGUGUGUGGGCCGGAAUUUUACCCCGGAUUUUGGGACCCCAUAAUCUUAACCCCUUUCUAGACAUAGAAUUUGGUUGAUGAUAAUAGUUAGUCGGGUACAUAAUAAAUUUGUUUAUAGAAAUCAUCAUAUAUGCUUUGUAGAUAGCAUGCAGUACUGUAUAACCACAGGAACCCUCACCACAGCUGCAGACUAAAUAAAUUUCCUUUUCCCUGGCUGGAUUUCUUCUAAAAUAUUCCCUGAAAAUUGUCAGAUUUAUUUCCUAUUUAAAUAAUAUUAAUUUUAAUGAGUACCUAGGUUUGCUGAUUCAAGGAAGGUAUUGAGGUGUGUUUUUAUUGAAAUGUUGAUAGCUUAGUAGGAGGUAAACAAAAUACUCCCGUUACAGCAAACCUGCAGACUAAGUAAAUUUCCAUUUGCCUGAUUGGAUGUACACUAAAAUGUCUCCAAUAUCACAUUCAUUCCCUAUUUAAAUAGCUUUAGUUUAACUGAGUACUUAGGUUAACUGCUACAGGGAGGGUAAAAAGGUGUUAUUUUUUUUGUAAAAUGUAAUAGUUAAGUAUGAAAUUAAUGCAAAUUUGAUCAAAAAAUGCUCAUAAACAAGAAAACUACAACAGUUUAAAAUUUCUCCAUUAAAAUAACAUGGAAAUUUUAAAUUUACAAUUUUUUUGAAUUUUCUCCUUAGCCAUUAGACGCAUAAUAUCGCUUCGAUAUACUAAAUUAAUAGUUUUUUUAAACUCUACAAAAUGGCUUGGAAAGAAGUUUUUAAAUUCUAUGUUUUUAGGUUAAAAAAUGUUAAAAUCCAAUUAGGCCUACCCCAUAAAACCGCCCAUAAACCCCCGUUUCCAUAUCCUAUUAUGCUGAUUCACGAAUACCUUAGAAUAAACGUAGGAUUACACGUUUGCACCAAAUUUAAUCAAAAUCGGAUCACCUUUGCUCGAGUUAUCGUGCUAACGGGCACACAUAUAUAUGAAUUUGAACGGAGGAGGUUUUUGGCCUCUGGGGACCUGAAAACGGAAAAGUAAAUGGGUCAUAAGUCUAGGUCUUACCAUGAGACCUACGGAAUAGCUUUUUCCCUAUUUAGGAAAUUCGCUAAAAUUUAGCACCACUCUGUAAAACCACCACCCACCUUUUACUUAAACGUAUAAUCUGCUACUGAUCAGAUGCAUCAUUUUUGAAGGAUUUAAUUCAAAGGAAAAGUAAAUGGUCAGUUUUAUUAAUAACCAUUUACUUAAGUCAUGAGCAAAACCUCAACUUUCUAUAGAUUACCUUUUCCUUUUUAAGUAAAAGGUUUUGCUUGAGUUUUUAUUAAUACAGAUAGAAGGAUUUGCUCGAAUUUUCGCAAGUAAAAGGUUUACCUCUUCUUUAUUAAUACGGCUCAAUAUCUGUUAUUUAUCUUCAAAAACAUUUACAUUUGCCACAAAUAAAUAACCUUUUUAUCCAAAAAUUUUUUUGUUUAGCUAUUUUUACAUGGAAAGAUAUGUGUCUAAAUGACUGGUCAAUUAAUAUGACGUAAUUCUGGUGCAAAGUAUUAUUUCUAGUAUAUUUACACUACAAAAAAUGCAAUCGUUUUAUUAUAUUACAUAUUUUUAUAAAAAAUAAAAACAAGGAGUUGCUAUAUUUUCAUCAAUUAGAACUCAACAUAUUGUUUGAUAGAUCAUAAAAAAUACAGUAUCCGUUUUGGUAGAAUGUAUCAUAAGUGUUGUUUAGAUACUUUUUGACAUAAGAAUAUUUGUAUUUAUAUCCAUCCUUAAUUUUAUUAUAUUUAUUUACCACUCCCAAAAAUAUCUGGUAUUAAAAAAUAGAUUGUUUACAGUUUCUUUGAUAGUGAAUGCUUCUGCAAAUGUAGUCCUUGCCGAAUUUAGUUCUAGUUUACUCUCAUUCACACAUUCAUGUCUUCAAACUGCAUACUAUAAUUAAUUGAUGAAGUUUUUUAAUACAAAAAUAAUAAAGAUUUAAUAGGAACUGUUUGUUAAAUUUAAAAUUAACUUGUGGAAGAAACCUAACCUUAUUUAGAAGUAGACAGCAAUCGAUUAUUUCCUAGCGGAAGCAAUCAACAAAAUGCUCUUGACUAAAACAUCUACAAUUAAGGACUACUUAGCUAAGCUAUUAAGAUGUGAAAUUAUUUUUGUCUUAGGUGCAAGUAUGUCUAAAGCUUAAUCAAUAGAAUGUGUGAAUUUUGUUAUCAGUUUUUCCCUAUGGGAUACAUAUUUUAUGUGAUAUAUUCUUUGUUUUCUGACAUUAGUUCAAAAUUGAAAUACUAGAAUCUAGUGAAGUGAUCAGUUCUUGUAGUACAUAAAUAUGUACGUUUCGUGCCAAUAAACGUACAGAUUAUCUGACCAAAGAAGGAAAUUUAUAUUUGUAGUGAAAAUAUGUUUAUUUAUUCGUGUGUGUGAAAAAACGGAACAAUGAUUUUGUGAUGAAGAUUAUUAUUGUUAAUUUAUUUAUUAUACUCCUGUAUUAGUUUUGUUUGUUAGCAGGAUGAAUUAUUAUUUUUAAGUAGAAACAAUACCAAAAAUUCCUUUAGGUUUUUAAGAUGUUUUCCCUGUGACUAAAGUGUUCUUGUUAAACAUAAUCAUUAGUUCCUUGAACUGUGUUUAGUUAGGUUAGUACCGUAGUUGUGUUGUGUGUUCAGAACUAAUUUGAAUAAAGAGAAAAUUGGUUAAAAAUCAA